AUGGAAAUUUUGGACAGUUUCGCAGCUAUUACAGAACAAAAGGAGACCGUAUUACCUGCGGUUACUCAGAGACAAAAGACGUUUCCAUGGUUGGAACUACCCAAGUUCUCGGGAGUUUAUAUGGAGUGGCCAGCUUUCCGUGAUCUAUUUGAUUCCAUAGUGAGAAGGGAUACGGAACUUCCAAACGUGCAAAAGAUCCACUACCUGAAACUGAGUGUGAGUGGGGAACCCGCUCAAUUGAUGGCUAGCAUCCCGACCACUGAGGUUAAUUUCGAAAGGGCGUGGCAGACCCUAAUCAAGAAGUAUGACAACGCUCGACUAUUAGUUAGCAGCUAUUUGACGAAGCUGUUUUCAUUAAAGUUGAUGAGUAAGGAAAGCUCAACUGAACUCCGUUCCUUACUUAAUGAUACUUGUGAGGUCAUCGGCGCUUUAACUUCCUUGAAUCGACCUACGGAUCAAUGGGACGAUCUAAUUGUUUUUAUGACAGCUCAGCGGCUGGAUGCAACCUCUCGCAAGGCCUGGGAGGACCAACUGGGACCUUCGGAUAACCAGCCUACUUUCGAAUCACUCAACAAAAUUUUUGACAGGCAAGGUCAGCACGCUGGAAGCCGUGGAGGAUAUGGCUGCAACUUCGAUUGGCUCAUCUUCUACUAA